AUGUGCGAUGAUAGCUCGUCGACAUCUCAUCGACCCACCAAAUUCAUCCAUUUCCUGAAUUGCUUUCUUAAACGGACCGCAUAUAUAGCUGCCGAUUAUUCACGUACGGUUAUCACGUUAGUAGUGUUGGUGACGAUAUUAGCAUCCUUAAAAUUAUUAUUUGUGAAACCGAAGGAUAAUCUGCAAUCAGGCUAUACACCAUCAAAUGCUCGAGCCUUCAGUGAAUUAGAAGUUUUCCGAAAAUUCAACGAUGGUAAAGAUCCGGUGGUGGUAAUUAUCAUCGUUAUGGCAAAAGAUGGUGGUUCAGUUGCCAGGCUUCCUCAUUUGAAUGAAAUUCUGAAUGUUAUUGACUAUGUGGGGACACAUUUCCCGGUCAAGAAUUACACCUAUUACCGAAUGUGCAGAAAUUUUUGUGAUAUCAAUGAACCAGUUCGACAAUUCAGAAACGGAUUACUUCUCAACACUGCGAAACAUCUCGACAAAAAUACUAGCGGAAGCGAUACAAAUAACAGUAGUGGUAGUGAUUUGAUUGAACUUUCAUUUCCCAUAAUGCAAUUAUUCGGCCGCGAUCUUGAUUUAUCACCUUAUUUCUUCGGCGUUGAAUAUACAGCUGGUGGUGUAAAUCGAAUUUCUGGAACAAAUAUCAAAUAUGUCAAAUUAGUGGCGUUACAUUUCCGAACACAACAACCAAAAGAAUGGACCAGCGAUGAUACAUUUCACUGGGAACGUCUCGUUGGACAAUACUUUAGGAAUGAAUACAAUAACUCGUUAAUUCGACCAAUCGCAUUUUCGUUAGCUCAUACGCAAGAUGAAAUCGUUCGCGCAGGUCUUGCGUUAUUGCCUUACAUACUAAUUGGCUUUAUUAUGAUGUGUAUAUUUGCUAUUGGAACAGUUAGUAUCAGUUCAACAUACACAAGACAGUUUUCCAAAAUCAAAAUAAUUUAUGCUGUUAUCGGAUGCAUCACACCAUUAAUGGCAACAUCAGCGGCUCUUGGACUUUUGAUUUUGCUGGGUCUACGGCCUGGUUCCAUUCUCUGUAUUACACCGUUUCUUAUUUUAGCUAUAGGGGUCGAUGAUGCCUUUUUAAUGAUCAGUGCAUGGAACAGAACAGAUAUUGAGAUGAGGAAUGAAAUUGCUACGCAUAAAACAAUUCGGGAAAGAAUAGCGGUUGUUCUAACUGAUAUUGGGCCAUCGAUAACUAUAACAUCAUUGACAAACAUGUUAGCCUUUGGAAUUGGAGUGUUUACGACACCAGCACCCGAAAUCCGAUUACUGUGUAUCGCCAAUGCAGCAGCCAUUUUUCUGGAUUAUGUGUAUACCAUAACGCUUUAUGCUGCUGUAAUGUGUAUUGGUGGCGAAAUUGAAAUGCAACAAGAGCGUACUUAUGCAAAUUCUAUUGUUCUUGAACGAAAAUCUGAGGAACCGUCGAUGGUCACAACUUUCUUGAAUAAUUACUGCGAGUAUCUAUCAAGUGGCUUCACGACAAUUUUGAUAUUUAUAUUGCUUACCAUUUAUUUUACAGCAAGCAUCAAAUAUGCGUUGAGAGCGAAGGGUUGUCUGACACCAGGAAAAUUAUUUUUGGCUGAUUCACCUAUGAUUGAAGUAAAUGAAUUGCACAGUAAAUUGAUUAUGCCAUCAUACACUUUCAUAACGGUGUUCAUCUUGGAACCAGGAGAUUUACGAAAUUUAUCCAGACGAGAACGUAUCAAAGAGAUGGUAUCUCAAUUUGAAGCAAUACCUGGAUGUAAAGGUUCCAGGUUUACUCAUUUCUGGCUUCGUGAUUAUGAGACGUAUUUGGAGUCAAAGAAUGAAGAAAUUGAUGGAAGUGAAUUUGAUGAUUAUACCUCAGAUGAUUUAUUUAAAUUUCUGGAAUGGCCUGAAUAUGAGGCCUUUGGUGGAUUCAUGAAAUUUGACAGUCAAACUAAUCGUCUUACAGCCUUUUACGUCACGGUCACUUAUCAUGGUAAAAAUCAGUCCGAUUGGAUACAACGAUUGAAUAUGCUAAAAGCGUGGCGAACAAUUGACCUUGAAGCAUCAAUAUAUGAAGAAGAAGCUUUAUUCACGGAUCAAAUUGAUUCGUUGGUAGGAACAACUCUGCAAACAUCUCUUGUGAUACUGGCAUGUAUGGCAGUGGUGUGUUACAUUUUUAUGCCUGAUCUUUUAACCGUAAUGAUUGGAAUCUUAUCGACUGCAUCAAUAUGUAUUGGAGUGUUUGGCAUCUUGACCUUUUGGAAUGUCGAUGUCGACCCGGUUUCGAUGGCAACAAUAAUUAUGUCUAUCGGUUUAUCAGUUGACUUUCCGGCUCACAUCACUUUUCACUAUCACCGCACUAGAUUAAAUCCAAAUGUGACAUCGGUACAAGAACGACUUAAGCAUACGUUCAACGUCGUUGGUUUUCCAUUGCUUCAGUGCAGUUUCUCAACAUUAUUCUUCGUCCUAAUUCUACUUCUUGUUCCCAGUUAUAUGAGCGAAGUUUUUACAAAAGCUGUUGUGAUAGUAAUUUCAUUGGGAAUGCUUCAUGCGCUAAUUAUUGUUCCAGCUGUUCUUUGUGCAUUCUCAAAUAUUUAUCAAUGCUUUUUAUUUAUAAAACAUUAUAAGUUGACAUCAUUCACUAGUAGAGUAACGACAAAAACAACUGAUUCAUUUAUUGCUGUACAACAGUCCGGAUUUACAUUUCAUUCUACCACAAAGCCGUCAGAGCAGUGA